AUGACGAUGAUUCUUAUUACGUUAGCGCAGUCGUUGGACUUGCGCGGCUCGGACAGGGAGACGCAGGACCGCUCGGAGCGAUUCCUGCACCGGCUGGCCCUGGCAUCGCUCCCCGGCCACGUCGACAAUUGCGAACUCGGCACGCAGGGCAUCGGCGCACCGCCGAUGCCGCUGCCUCGGCUCACCGAGCUGCGCCUGGAGUUCCCGCCGCUGAGCCUGCUCGAGCUGCUGCAGCAGUCGGGUCGGCUGGGCCGAUUCGAAGUGCUCGGCCGGUCGGACCACGUCAUCCACCCCAGCGGCGUCAAGCUCCGCCGGCGUGCCGAGCGCAUAGCCGCCGCUGCCGCCAUGGAUCAGCCGCCGCAGCCAACCGAGACCGCGGCGUCGAGGCAGGACCAGAUUCUCGAAGCCCUGUGGGACGCGCGACGCCUGCGCAACGGCAGCGUCGAGCUCCGGCCAGAGUUCACCCGCCGGCUGCUCGACCGACUUCGACGGGGCGACGAGACCGCCGAGGCGGGCUUCCGGUGGGAGAACCUGGUGCUCGCGGUGGACCAGCCUGGCCCCCGCGGACUCGAGAUCUUGGCCCACUUUCCGCACCUGCGCCAGCUUUCGCUGCUUCCCGACGUUGGCGACGAUGAGGCGCUGCUGGUGUCGACAACGACAACGACUACAACGCCACGCAGCGACAACGACAACGAGGCGCCGACAGGAAAUGAAUCUUUCGGAGCGAGCUUCGAGGCGUUGACCGGCCUGCGCGAGCUGUUCGUGUCGCAGCCCGAGGCGGUGUUCACAGGCCACCAGCGACUGACGGCCGCCGCGUGGUCGUCCAUAUUGUCUACGUUGCCGAACCUCACAUCGCUCGUGGUCCUCGACAGGUGUCGACACUCACUCCUCUCGGCCUUGGGCUCCGCCGGGCUGUCCAGUCUCACCUCGCUCAAGCUCCGUGGGCUGAGGCUGGGCCACCACGGUAGCGACGACGCGCUGCCGCUUUCCCGCGCGCUGUGGGAGUCGCUCGAAGCUCUGCCGUCGCUGCGCCAGGUCGAUCUCGGCGUUGACACGCAGCUGUGGACACACGCACCGGUCGACGACGACAACGGGAGAGAUGACAGUGGCGGUGCGGUGGAGCACUUGGUGCGCCACACGGGCCUCGAGGCCUUUCGUAUGUACGGCCCGGGCGACACCCGCCUGCGGCUCACGUGCCCGCAGCUGCGCAGCUGCCACCUCAACUUCUAUCCGCUCCGCGAUCUGCUCGGGCUGGUGGACGACCUCGUCGCUCACUCGCCACUGCUCGAGGACCUCCAGGUCAACGGCAUCGACGCGUCGACACCACAGUCGUCGCGCUCCGACGACGGCGCUUGGCUCGGCCGGCUGCUGGUGGGCCUGCCGCGGCUGCGCCUCCUCUCGCUGACCGGCCGCACCCCGCGCUCCGACGCCGGCGCGGUCGCGUCUCUGCUCGGCGGCACCUCGCUCCUGCUGGGCGAGCUCGACCUGGACUGCGUGAUCGACACCGCAUCGCUCGACGUGGUCCUGGGCGCGUGCCCGCGGUUGCACACACUCCACCUCGCGGCGUACCGCGAUCCGGCCCACGAGAGGGCUGCCGACGGCCCGAGCCCGGACCUGCUGCUGCCCCGCACGACGCUGCCCGCGCUCCGCUAUCUGGCGCUCGGGCCACUUCGUAGUGGCCAAGCGGAAAACAACGAAAGCGAAGACGAAAACGACCCGUCGCGUCGGCUCGAUCUCGCGGCCGUGGCACCGCACGUGCAGAAGGUCGUACUCCACCAGGUGCACGCGACGAAGGUGGUGGUGAGCGCCGGCUGCGACGCCCUGUGCUCGCUCUCGGUCUGGCAGCGCAGCCGCAUCGCGGUCGAGGUCGCCCAGGCGCGCCGCCUGCGCAAGCUGGCCCUGGCCGUCGACGACGCGUCGACGCUCGAAGUGGCCGACUGUCCAGCCCUGGCCUCGCUCAACAUCAUGGCCAACGGCUACAGCGCCCGCCUGCGCAUCACGCGACUCGACGGCUGCCCGGCCCUGGCCAACGUCACGGCCUACGGCGAGCUCAUGUCCGUCGACGCCGCCCUCGCCGCCGUUCGGUCGGCCCACAGCAGAGGAAUUUCAAACACUUGA